AUAGAAGUGUUCUGGAAGGCAGUCAGCACCAGACAAUUUAUAAGAACGAAUUCAAAAAUCUAUAGCAAAGACAUUUUGGAGGGUCGACGGUGGACGUGGUGAUUGGGAGCUGAAAAGGAUUUUUCCUCUGGAAUCAGGCAUAACCAUAUUGAUGGCACAAAUGAAAGUACAGCACAAGAAAAGGCAAGUGGCGAUUUUUAUUAUACUGAUGCUUUUGUGGGGGGUCCGUUCAGAAUCGAUUCAGUAUUCUGUACUAGAGGAGACAGAAAGUGGCACGUUUGUGGCCAACUUGACGAAGGACCUGGGACUCAGGGUGGGAGAGCUGGCCACUCGGGGUGCCCGGGUUGUUUUCAAGGGGAACAGACAGCAUUUGCACUUUGAACCACAGACCUAUGAUUUGCUGCUUACUGAGAAACUGGACCGGGAGGAGCUGUGUGGCUCCACUGAGCCGUGUGUGCUACCUUUCCAAGUAUUAUUGGAAAAUCCCUUGCAGUUUUUCCAGGCUGCCUUGAGAGUCAGAGAUAUAAAUGACCACGCCCCAGAGUUCCCUGCCAGAGAAAUCCUCCUGAAAAUAUCAGAAAUUACAACGCCAGGAAAGGCAUUUCCUUUGAAAAUGGCACAGGAUUUAGACGCUGGCAGCAACAGCCUUCAGAGCUAUACCGUCAGCUCCAACCCUCACUUCCAAGUUCUCACCCGCAGUCGCAGCGACGGCAGGAAGUUCCCGGAGCUAGUGCUGGAAAACGCAUUGGACCGCGAAGAACAGCCCCAACUCACACUAACACUCACCGCGCUGGAUGGUGGGUCUCCGCCCCGGUCAGGGACAACAAAGAUUCAGAUACUGGUCUUAGACAGCAAUGACAACGCCCCCGAGUUUGCUCAGGAGCUCUAUGAAGCACAAGUUCCUGAGAACAACCCUGUCGGCUCUACGGUCACUGCCGUCUCAGCGAGAGAUUUAGAUGCAGGAUCCUUUGGGGAGGUAUCUUAUGCCCUUUUUCAAGUCGAUGACGUAAUUCAACCCUUCGAAAUAAACGCAAUCACAGGAGAAAUUCGACUGAGAAAGACUUUGGAUUUUGAGGAAUUUCAGUUUUAUCACGUGGGCGUUGAAGCCACAGAUGGCGGGGGUCUAACAGGAAAAUGCUCUUUAGUCGUCAAGGUCCUGGACGUGAAUGACAACGCCCCUGAAGUGACCAUGUCCUCACUCAUUAGCCCCAUCCCCGAAAACUUGCCAGAUAUCACAGUGGCAGUUUUUAGUGUUUCAGAUGCAGACUCUGGACAUAACCAACAAGUUAUUUGUUCUAUAGAUGACAAUCUCCCUUUUUCUCUAAGACCCUCAGAGGAGAAUUUCUACACCCUGGUAACAGAAGGAGCGCUGGACAGAGAGGUCAGAGCCGAGUACAACAUCACCAUCACCGUCACCGACUUGGGGACGCCCAGGCUCAAAACCGAGCACAGCAUAACCGUGCAGGUCUCCGACGUCAACGACAACGCCCCCGCCUUCACACAAACCUCCUACACCCUGUUCGUCCGCGAGAACAACAGCCCCGCCCUGCACAUCGGCAGCGUCAGCGCCACAGACAGAGACUCGGGCGCCAACGCCCAGGUCACCUACUCGCUGCUGCCCACCCAUGACCCGCAGCUGGCCCUCGCCUCCCUGGUGUCCAUCAACGCGGACAGCGGACACCUGUUCGCCCUGCGCUCGCUGGACUACGAGGCCCUGCGGGCGUUCGAGUUCCGCGUGGGCGCGGCAGACAGAGGCUCCCCCGCGCUGAGCAGCGACGCGCUGGUGCGCGUGGUGCUGCUGGACGACAACGACAACGCGCCCUUCGUGCUGUACCCGCUGCAGAACGGCUCUGCGCCCUGCACCGAGCUGCUGCCCAGGCAGGCCGAGGCGGGCUACCUGGUGACCAAGGUGGUGGCGGUGGACGGCGACUCGGGCCAGAACGCCUGGCUGUCGUACCAGCUGCUCAAGGCCACGGAGCCCGGGCUGUUCGGCGUGUGGGCGCACAACGGCGAGGUGCGCACGGCCCGGCUGCUGAGCGAGCGCGACGCGGCCAGGCACAGACUGCUGGUGCUGGUCAAGGACAAUGGCGAGCCGCCGCUGUCGGCCACCGUCACGCUGCACGUGCUGCUGGUGGACGGCUUCUCGCAGCCCUACCUGCCGCUGCCGGAAGCGGCGCCGGAGCAGGCGCAGGCCGACUCGCUCACCGUCUACUUGGUCAUCGCGUUGGCCUCGGUCACCUCGCUCUUCCUGUCCUCGGUGCUCCUGUUGGUCGCGGUGCGGCUGUGCAGGAGGCGCGGGGCGGCGUCGGAGGGCCGCUGCUCGGUGCCUGGGGGUCGCUUUCCGGGCCACCUGGUGGACGUCAGCGGUACGGGGACCCUGUCCCAGAGCUACCAGUAUGAGGUGUGUCUGAUGGGAGAGUCAGGGACCAGCGAGUUCAAGUUUCUGAGGCCGAUUAUGCCUAACUUUCCUCCUCAGGGUACUGGGAAGGAAAUGGAGGAAAGCCCCACCUUUGAGAAUGGCUUCCCAUUCAGAACGAUGGAGACGCCGCUCCCCAAAGCGCCGAAGAAAAGGCAAGUGACCGCCAUUAUUUUCCUAUUACUAUUGUGGGAGGCGGGCAGUGCAACCAUUAAGUAUUCCGUUCUAGAAGAGAGGGACAGUGGUUCUUUUGUGGCCAACCUAGCAAAAGACCUGGGGCUGAGCAUAGGGGAGCUGGCCGCGCGGGGCGCCCAGAUUCUUUCCAAAGGAAACAAACAGCAUUUGCAGAUCGAACGAAAGACUGGGAAUUUGCUCCUAAAAGAAAAAUUGGACCGGGAGGAGUUGUGUGCUGACACGGAUCCAUGUAUACAGCAUUUCCAGGUAUUACUGAAAAACCCAGUGCAGUUUAUUCAAGGUGAACUACAACUCCAAGAUAUAAAUGAUCAUGCCCCAGAAUUCUUAGAAAAUGAAAUCCUCUUGAAAAUCCCGGAAAGUAGCUAUCCAGGGACUCCGUUUCCUUUGAAAAUAGCACAAGAUUCGGACGUAGGUAGCAAUACAGUUCAGAACUACAUAAUUAGUACCAACUCCCAUUUCCACCUUUUCACCCGCAAUCUCAGCGACGGCAGAAAAUACCCAGAGCUGGUGCUGUACAAAGCGCUGGAUCGUGAGGAGCAGCCAGAGCUUAGGUUAACCCUCAUGGCGCUGGACGGUGGGUCACCUCCCAGGACUGGGACUUCUCAGGUUCUCAUCUUGGUCCUGGAUAUCAAUGACAAUGCCCCUGAAUUUUCUCAGCAGGUCUAUGAGGUGCAGGUCCCAGAGAACAGCCCUGUAGGUUCCCUUGUCAUCACUGUCUCCGCUAUAGAUUUAGAUGCUGGGACCCACGGGGAGCUCUGCUAUACAUUUUUCCAAUCCUCAAAUCAAGUUUUUCAGGCUUUUGAAAUAAACACAGUCACGGGAGAAAUUAGAUUAAAAAAACUGUUGGAUUUUGAGGAAAUUCAAUCUUACAGCAUGGAAAUUGAGGCCUCAGAUGGUGGAGGUCUUUCAGGAAAAUGCACAGUAGCUAUAGAAGUGACGGAUGUAAACGACAACGCCCCUGAACUGACCGUGUCCUUACUCGUCAGUGAUAUCCCAGAAAACUCCGCAGAAACGGUGGUCGCUAUUUUCGGAAUUUCAGAUCCAGACUCCAGGGACAAUGGAAAAACGAUGUGUUCCAUCCAAGACAAUCUGCCCUUCCUUCUGAAACCUACCGUAGAAAAUUUCUACACCCUGGUAACAGAAGGAGCGCUGGACAGAGAGGUCAGAGCCGAGUACAACAUCACCAUCACCGUCACCGACUUGGGGACGCCCAGGCUCAAAACCGAGCACAGCAUAACCGUGCAGGUCUCCGACGUCAACGACAACGCCCCCGCCUUCACACAAACCUCCUACACCCUGUUCGUCCGCGAGAACAACAGCCCCGCCCUGCACAUCGGCAGCGUCAGCGCCACAGACAGAGACUCGGGCGCCAACGCCCAGGUCACCUACUCGCUGCUGCCCACCCACGACCCGCAGCUGGCCCUCGCCUCCCUGGUGUCCAUCAACGCGGACAGCGGACACCUGUUCGCCCUGCGCUCGCUGGACUACGAGGCCCUGCGGGCGUUCGAGUUCCGCGUGGGCGCGGCAGACAGAGGCUCCCCCGCGCUGAGCAGCGACGCGCUGGUGCGCGUGGUGCUGCUGGACGACAACGACAACGCGCCCUUCGUGCUGUACCCGCUGCAGAACGGCUCUGCGCCCUGCACCGAGCUGCUGCCCAGGCAGGCCGAGGCGGGCUACCUGGUGACCAAGGUGGUGGCGGUGGACGGCGACUCGGGCCAGAACGCCUGGCUGUCGUACCAGCUGCUCAAGGCCACGGAGCCCGGGCUGUUCGGCGUGUGGGCGCACAACGGCGAGGUGCGCACGGCCCGGCUGCUGAGCGAGCGCGACGCGGCCAGGCACAGACUGCUGGUGCUGGUCAAGGACAAUGGCGAGCCGCCGCUGUCGGCCACCGUCACGCUGCACGUGCUGCUGGUGGACGGCUUCUCGCAGCCCUACCUGCCGCUGCCGGAAGCGGCGCCGGAGCAGGCGCAGGCCGACUCGCUCACCGUCUACUUGGUCAUCGCGUUGGCCUCGGUCACCUCGCUCUUCCUGUCCUCGGUGCUCCUGUUGGUCGCGGUGCGGCUGUGCAGGAGGCGCGGGGCGGCGUCGGAGGGCCGCUGCUCGGUGCCUGGGGGCCGCUUUCCGGGCCACCUGGUGGACGUCAGCGGUACGGGGACCCUGUCUCAGAAUUAUCAGUGUGAAGUUUACCUGGCAGAAAGCUCUGAAAGGAACGAGUUCAAGUUUCUUAAAUCGGUAUUCCCCAACUUUUUGGGUGAAGGGGACACCGAAGAAAAUCCCAACUCUAGGAAUCAGUUUGGGUUCAAUUAGGAAUGUAACUUUGACGACACGUGAUAAAUCAUAAUAUUCGCUGACCAAUCUAUAAGUUCCCAGCCCUUUUAUUCACAU